AUGGCAGAAGUAACAGAUUCUGAAACAAAAGACUCGGAGGUCUUCGGGAGUCCUCCACAAACCAUUCGCACUUGUGCUCGACAAAUGACUGCCCAAGAUUCUGACAUUCACUCGGCGAUAUCUAUUGUCGUGAGUGAAAUGGACUCUACGGUCUGUUCUGAGAGUGCUCAACAAAGCAUUAUCAUCCCUGAAAAGAUUGAUCGACAUCUCAUGUGGACAUCGACGACUGCUGCACCAAUAAUGAGUGGUGCUUCACAACCGAUUGACACUAGUACUCCACAAAUGAGUGCUUCACGACUGGUGAUAACUGAAGACAUCGAAAAACUUAUUCAAGAUUGUGGAGAUGGUCAUCUGUCACCACACUGUUGUAUCUACAGGGUGCCUAUUAAGCUCCGUGAUCUUAAAAAAGAUGCUUACACUCCAAAAGUUGUUUCCAUUGGCCCCUUUCAUUAUCGCAAUGAGGGGCUGCAAGACAUGAAAAGGCAAAAACAUAUAUUGUUCAAAAGAUUUAUUCAAAGAACCAACUCAAGUUGUUGCGAAUUGGUUGAAUUUGUACAAAAGUUAGAGCCACAAGUCCGUGCUUCUUAUUCAGAAACCAUUACUGAAGAAGAACUUGUGGAACUGACUUUAAUGGAUGCUGUCUUCAUCAUUGAACUCUUCAUCAUGUCCCAUUUGGGUGAGGUACGCAACGAUGCUAAAUUGUCACAGCCAUGGUUAGCGGAUUCUAUACUUCUAGAUCUACUUUUACUUGAGAAUCAACUUCCAUUCUUUGUUAUUGAAAAGCUGUUCAAUGAAGCUUUCCCCCGUGAUCGUCGUGGUAGCCUCCCUUCAUUUCUUCAGCUCACUCAUAACUAUUUUGGGUAUCACAAUGGACAAGAAUUAGACCCUCAUUCUACUGUUGGUAUAAAGCAUUUUACGGAUCUCCUUAGAUUGUUUUACAAGAAAAGAAAGACGCCUGAAAGGAAGCCAAGCCCAGAGGGUGAGGAUGAAUGGAUGCGAGUCCCAAAGGAUGGAAGCCAUAUUCUUUUAUACAAUGCGAAUGCACUGGAAGAAGCAGGCGUAACGUUGAAGGAUUGUGAGAGCGAAUGCUUAUUGGACGUGAAAUUUUCAGGAGAAAUUCUUGAAAUUCCCCAUGUUGUGGUGGAUGAUAAUACUGAACUUUUGUUUCGUAACAUGAUAGCAUUAGAACAAUGUCAUUAUUCUAGAAAUGCUUACAUUACUGAUUAUGCUCUUUUGUUGGAUUGGCUAAUAAACACAGAAAAGGAUGUGGAUCUCCUCGUUCGCAAGAAAGUAGUUAGGAACUAUUUAGGUGAUACGAAAAAGGUUGCCACAUUAUUUAAUGGUCUUUCAGACAAUGUCGUCCAUUCAACCAUCAGUACUCACUAUUUCAAGACUUGCAAAGAUUUGAAUAGGUAUUGUAAAAGUCGUUGGCACCAGUGGAAGGCAAACCUGAGACGUGAUUAUUGUCAUACACCUUGGCAAAUUGCUGCUACUGUUGCUGCAUUUCUGCUCCUCGUUCUCGCAUUGGCUCAAACCGUAUUUUCGAUCCUCCAAGUAGUUCUGUAA